CUGUGGGCCUUUAUCUGUGUUCUGCUUCCUCCCUGGAAACACCACUAGGCCUUUGGAGCCGGGAAUCGGCAGGCUCUCCCCAUGGCAGUUGUAGCAUUGCUCCUCCUGUUCUUGUGUGGGCACCCCCAGGCUGCUGCAGACAGCAUCCAGAUCAUCUAUGUAGCCUCAGGGGAGGCAGUGGAGAUGCCGUGCCCGUCACCCCCUUCCCUGCUUGGGGGCCAGCUCCUAACCUGGUUCCGCAGUCCUGUAGCAGGCUCCUCCACCAUCUUGGUGGCCCAGGUCCAAGUAGACAGGCCAGCCUCAGACCUUCGGAAACCUGAACCUGAUUCCAGGUUCAAACUCCUCAGGAAUUAUUCCUUAUUGCUGGAAGGGUCCAGGGAUGAAGACGCUGGACGGUACUGGUGUACUGUGAUGGACCAGAACCACAAGUACCAGAACUGGAGGGUGUAUGACGUCUCUGUGCUCAGAGGGUCCCAGUUCUCUGUGACGUCUCCAGACGGCCCCUCUUGCUCUGCCCUCCUGUGCUCUGUGGUCCCUGCCAGGCGCCUGGACUCCGUGACCUGGCUAGAGGGAAGGAACCCCGUGAGAGGACACGCUCAGCACUUCUGGGGAGAAGGGGCCGCCCUGCUCUUGGUGUGUCCCUCAGAGGGGCUUCCCGAGACCAGGAGCCGCAGGCCGAGGACAAUCCGCUGCCUUAUGCCUCAGAACAAAAGAUUCAGCUUUAGCCUGGCAGCUUCUGCAGAACCUUCUCCCACUGUUUCUACCCCUCCCCCAAGCUGGGAUGUGCCCUGGAUACUGGUGCUGUUGUUCAUGGCCGGCCAAGCGGUCACCAUCAUAGCUCUCAGCAUAGUGAUCUGGAGGCGGCGGAGGGCCCAGGGCUCUCAGGGCAGAGAACCCUCGAUUCCUCAUUUCAAACCUGAAGUCCAGGUCUAUGAGAACAUCCACUUGGCCGGCCUUAGCCUACCCGCCCACAAGACCAGGUGAUCCUGGAGACAUCUGCCUCAGAAAACCUGCCCCACAGUUCUGUGUCUGGCCACCAGCACCUGAAGGAUUCCCUGGAAACCUCGGCAAAGGGGCGGCUGAGGGUGUGACUCUUACUGGGCUUCCAACAGCCACCAAGCUGGAGGGGACGGGGACAACAUAAGGAAGAGAGUAACAUCAUUCUGUGAUGUCACCUAAAAAAAAAA